UUGAUGUUUGUACUUUUUUGGUACUUUAUAUCAUCCUUAUAUGAUCUUAAACAUUUUAAAAUUUUACUUCUACUAUAUUUAGAAAAUCCUAACCUUCUUAGGGGCAGCCAUAUUUAAUAUAGCCUACUUUCCCAGAGAAUAUUCUCACCUUUUGUUAUCUAAAUUUUUAUUAAAUACCAUAUUUAGUCAUUUUAUCCUUUUACAAUUUUUCUUGAAAUAAUUCAAUUGACUUUUAUCCAACAAGUCGGAAGUAGGAAUAACUUUGUACUUAAUUUUAAACAACUUACAUGUACAUAUUUUCUAGAUUGUCAGGAAGAAUGCCAUUUAAGACAAACUUUUGGGAGCGUGUACAUGAAUGGGGACGUUGGGAAAGUCCCUUCAGGGGCGGUUUUUACUGCUUCCCCUGAACCCCACCCCCCAACGCCCACAUCCGAGUUUAGUCAAUUGAAUGGGGCUUCAGAAGAGGGGAGCCAAGGAUUGGAGCCGCUGAGCGAAGCUGGGGCGGGCCCGGCUGUGGAGCAGCCUCCCGACCCCCUGCCUCCUAUUCCUCUAGACCAGCUGAAGCAAAUGCUCUCGUCCCAGCUUGAAUAUUAUUUUUCAAGGGAAAACUUAGCUAAUGACACAUAUUUGUUAUCUCAGAUGGAUAACGACCAAUAUGUACCUAUUUGGACUGUAGCCAAUUUUAAUCAAGUAAAAAAGUUGACUACUGAUAUCAAAUUAAUUACUGAAGUCUUGCGUGAAUCCCCCAACGUUCAAGUUGAUGACGAAGGUCAAAAAGUGCGUCCGAAUCAUAAACGGUGCAUUGUGAUCCUACGUGAAAUUCCAGAUAGUACUCCUAUAGAAGAAGUAAAGGGCCUGUUUUCUGGAAAAGGCUGUCCAAAACUCAUUUCUUGUGAAUUUGCGCAUAACAACUCAUGGUAUGUUACAUUCGAAAAUGACGAGGACGCUCAAAAAGCAUAUAGGUUUUUAAGAGAGGAAGUGAGGGAGUUUCAGGGAAAGCCAAUAAUGGCUAGGAUAAAAGCCAAGCCUAUGAACAGGCUGCCGCUGCCGCCAGGAAUCGGCGGUGGGAUGGGCCUAAAGAAUGGCUACAGGACACCACCAACACCCGCUACAACUGGUCCAGGAGGAGUUUACGAUCCGUCCCCCUUCACGCAGCCAGCCCAGAGGUACCUCUAUUCCAAUGGGUCAUCCCUUCCGCACAAUGUGAACUUUCCAAGUCAAGUUCAGAUCUAUGUAAGCGGCUUUCAGCAACAUCAACCAUUUUACCCUCCUAGUAUGUUGCCAACAUGGGGCCCGACGAGCCCCGCCUACUUCGAUAUAGGCUCAGUUUUCUCAGUUAAUGGCCUCGCACCUCAAGGACCCUUUACUAAAUCGCAUACGACCAGGUUCACUCCAAGAAACAGUAGGCAGAAAAAGGGCGGUGGCUUAGAAGCUCGGACAUCAAUGUCCGACUCCGGCAUCCUCAGAAAGCCUGCGAAAGAGACAGGACGAUUUGAAGGCCAGGAGACCCAGCGCCAUGAAGAUGAUUCUUGUCGGACACCGCACUCAAAGGACCAAGCACUACCGCCGAGACGGAGAAGAAAAGAAGAUGAAGCCAGCAGCAGAGCACCCGGAAGCCCAGGCCCGCAGUUCGACCUCGAGGCAGAUGCUUUCCCCCCGCUGCCAGGAGGCCAGGUCGGCGCUCCGCCUGAGCAACCUGCCCCCCAAACUACGACCCACCAGUCACCAGCUGCAGCGACCGUAGCCGCCGUUGAAACCCAGUGGGUGGCACCCUCCGAGACGAGGGUGGUUGUUGCUGGACCAAGUGGGAAAAACCCUGCUGAAAAGGCAGGCCCCGUUAAGACUGAAGAAAGUAACGUUGGUAGUAACGGCUCAGUGAAUGGGGACAGUGCACCCUGCGAUCAACCUCCGCAUGAGCCUAAGGUUGUUACUCCCGUUGUUCAACCGACAGUAGUAGACACUCAUGUACCAACACAGCAACCUACUCAGCAGGUGGAGUUGAAUGUCGUUAAACUGAGCUAUGCUCAAGUGGCUCAGCACCAAAAAGCUGAGAGGGAAAAGCAGGCCGCUCGAGAACAGCAGCAGCAGCAGCAAAUGCCGCAGCCGCCUCCCCCUCCGCAGCAGCAGCAUCCCUCAGAUGAUGAAAAAAAGGAGCACAGUUUGCCCCCUUUUCAUUAUCAGCCAAAAGGAGACAGUGUUUUGGGUGGUCGGGGGAGAGGUGGAGCGAGGGGGGCACCCAGGAGGAGGGACAAUCUUCCAAGGCAAUUUAAUAAUUCAAGGCAGAGAUCGCCCAAAUAG